AUGGUAUUGUCUAUAAAUGCGCUCACAUUUACUCCGGAAGAAAUAUCUCAACUCAAAAGUGGCCGCAACUUUAAAGACCGCGUAGUGUUGGUCACCGGGUCGUCGUCGGGCAUCGGAGAGGCUAUUGUCAAACUGUUCAGUCUAUACGGGGCUAAAGUGGUGGUCACCGGUAGGAAAGCGGCUGAAGUGAAACGAGUAGCUCAGGAGGCGCAGGAGUUAUCGCCCAAAAAACUAAAGGUUAGUAUUCCGCUGGAAGUGGUGGCGGAUGUGACCAAACGUGAAGACCUAAAGAGACUGAUGGACGAGACAAUUAAAACCUACGGUAAAUUAGACGUAUUGGUUAAUAACGCCGGCAUAUUCAAAAUGGCGCCCUUUAAAGAUACGAGAAAUUACAUGAAGACAUACGAUCAGACAUUUCAGGUGAAUGUCAGACCUGUGCUUGAGUUAAGCCAAUUGGCUGUACCACACUUGGGGAAGACCAACGGCACCAUAAUUACCACAUCCAGUCGACUGGCAGAGCAUCCGACACCAUUUGGUUCAGCUUAUAGUAUGUCAAAAGCGGCCAUAGAUAUGAUGACCAAAGCGUUGGCCCUGGAGUUGGGCCCCAAAAUUAGGGUCAACUCUAUUAAUCCUGGACUCACUCAGACUAAUCUGAAUAGUGAUGUUGAUCCUGCUAUAGCUAGAUUUAUUCAGACCACGGUCAAAAACAAUACACCCCUGGGUCGAUUGGGUACGCCGCUCGAUAUGGCCAAAGCGGUAGUAUUUUUGGCCUCAACCGACGGUCAGUUUAUUAACGGCGCUAACAUUAAUAUCGACGGCGGUAUCAGAGACUUUGGUAUCAAUUAA